CGGUUUCACUGUUUCGCGGGCACGUCAUUUUCACCGAGAGCUUCAAAUAGGUAACAGCGAAUUAUUCAUUUCUGUAGUGGAAUGCUAGAUCAUGGCUAGACUACUGUAAUUUUGCAGAUCUUUUUUAGAACUGGAGCUGUGAGUUUAUACACGGUCACACGAUAAAUGAUUUUUCGACGAACGUCGUUCAUAGUGGACGUAGCUUUUCGUGUAAGAAACCUUUCCCGUUGUACAUCGAGGGUGGUCCGAGUGAUGACGAAAUCGAACACCAUGGACGGCGAGGGCGCUGUUGUUAUUCCCAGAAUGCCGACAGAAACGAUCACGUGCAAAAGCUGCUCACGAAUGCAGUCGACAAAUGCUAUUACAAAGAGAAGCAACAAGUGCCAAGAUUUGCGCCUCCAUGAAAAGGUCAACAUCUCCUUCGCUGGGUGUGGCUUCCUUGCCAUCUACCAUCUGGGCGUGGCCAAGGGUCUACUCAGGGACGGGCACCAUGUGGUGUCAAAGGUCAACCGAUGGGGCGGGGCCUCAGCGGGCGCCAUAGCUGCCGCUGCUAUGGUGUGUCUACCAAACAAACUAGGAGAUGCGGUUCAGAUGUUGCGAGACUUCGUAGACGUGAUUCAGAAGAAGCCGUUAGGGGCGCUGACGCCGGGUUUCGACAUGAUGGGCCAUCUACGCUCGGAGCUGCAGCACUAUGUACCGGCUGGUUCGUACAGACUAGCCAGCCAGAAACUCUACGUGUCGGUGACCAGGGUUUCUGACGGCAAGAAUGUCCUGCUGACGGAUUUCAAGUCGGAUGAGGAGCUCAUUGAUGCUCUGCUGUGCAGUUGUUACAUUCCAGUUUACUGCGGGUUCAGAAUACCGACAUUCCGAGGACAGAAAUACAUCGACGGCGGUAUGACGGUCAACAUGCCCAUCUACCCCGAGGGCCGGACGCUCUGCGUCUCGCCCUUCAGCGGUCACCUCCAGGACAUCUGCCCGGCCGACAAGUCCUGGCUCAGCCUGAGCUACGUGGUGGCCGGACACAGCUUCCGUGUCUGCUCACAGAACGUCUGGCGGGCCAUGGUGGCGCUCUUCGCUCCGAGUCACCUGACCCUGACCGAGUACCUCGAGCGCGGCUCGGAGGACGCGCUAACUUUCUUGCAAGAGAACGGACUUUUGGAAGAAGGAACCGCGAAAAGCUGAGGAGCUACUAUUUAUUGUAAAUGGCAGCAUGCCGACAGUUCCUACCAAAAUUUUUGUGGCAAAAAGGAAAGUGACUGAAGUAACACCUUGAACAAUAAUCUCUUUGUAUAACUCAGCGCAAAAUGAUACAUGCGCUUCACGGCCAAUAUCCGGUCUGGCGGCUAGCCCUAACCGUAAAAGGGUCCCAUCCCGGCCCUUGGGAACUUGAAUCAAUACAAAAGUCGUGGAUGUUCAAAAGCCAUGAUUCUAUCCCCCGGUACACAUCAGCUCAUGUACCGACAUCCAGCAUGUAUAAACGCUCCGGGCCAGCAGGUGUAUAGGGACCCGAUACCGCACACUAUGUGUAGUGUUACCCAAGUAUAAUGUUCAGUUUUCUAGGUUCGAAAUGGAAAAGGGUACAGAGGGAAUGUGACCUGUCAACAAUCGAAUCCUCUCAAGUAUCACAUCCAGCUUCUCCGGAAUCAAAACUGAAACCACGAUUCCUGUUGUUACAGAGUAGCAUGGACCGCACGUACGUUAGAUUAUCAAUUGGACUCGGAUCAUGACUCUUGGGGUUUGGAUGUGUAUUCAUCUCGCUUCCAUUCUGAACAGGAAAUUUCAAAGUCAGCAUUAUCUAGAGUUUUAAGGGUGUCGAUGUGAAUUAUUGUACAAAACAUUUUUUGCACGUGUCUCGUUGUUUUCUUUGACCAAAAACUUAAUAGACUGCACGUUUAAACGUAUAUUUUUGUAUAUAUGGGAUUUAUUGCUUCAUAAAGUUACCAUUUAUUUUGCAGAUCCUUUAAAGAUACUUUAACUAUUUGGAUAUUGUGUUUCUUGUGCCUGCAUGGGUAACAAAUCAUGGACCAAUUAAUGGUAUUAUAUGAGUAUCCAUGUAUGACUAUAUGUAAUGUGAUACCUCCCAUUUAUAGUAUUAUAUCAUUUCACUUGAUAAAACUGUGCACUUGAUCAUUGAAAAUGUCACAUUAAUUAAAAGGUCACAACACCUAUAA